CCGCCUCUCCCCCAACUCCAACUCCAACUCCAAACAUACCAAUAAUUAUUGAGCCCCAACAACCUCAAAUAUCCAAUGCCUCCUCCUGCUUUGUCACUCCUGCUCUUUCUGACUCUCUCUGUUUCCUCUGUUUUUGCUGCCAACUUCAACCAGGAUGUUGAGCUAAUUUGGGGCAAUGAACGUGCCAAUAUCCUUGACGAUGGCCACCUCCUCACUCUCUCCUUGGACCGAGCCUCUGGCUCCGGCUUCCAGUCCAAAAAUGUUUACCUUUUUGGCAAAAUUGAGAUGCAGCUCAAACUUGUCCCUGGAAACUCCGCUGGCACUGUCACCACUUACUAUCUUAAAUCCGAAGGGUCGACGUGGGAUGAGAUAGAUUUUGAAUUCUUGGGGAAUUUGACUGGUGACCCUUACACUCUUCACACCAAUGUUUUUACCAAUGGCGUGGGCAAGAGAGAGCAGCAAUUCCACCUCUGGUUUGAUCCCACUACCGAUUUCCACACCUACUCAAUCCUCUGGAACCCGCAGCGGAUCAUCUUCAAGGUGGAUGGCACGCCCGUCAGGGAGUUCAAGAACGAGGAAUCCUCGGGCGUUAUGUUCCCAACGAAUCAGCCGAUGAGGCUCUACUCCAGCCUCUGGAACGCCGACGACUGGGCCACCAGAGGAGGGCUCGUCAAGACGGAUUGGUCCAAAGCUCCCUUCACCGCCGCCUACCGGAACUUCAACGCCGACUCCUGCGUUUGGUCCGCCGGCGGCUCCUCCUGCUCCUCGGGCGCCCCUUCUGGCCACGGAUGGCUCUCCGAAAACCUGGACAACACUCAACAACAGAGGCUGAGGUGGGUGCAGAAAAAUUUCAUGAUUUACAAUUACUGCACGGACGCCAAGAGGUUCCCGCAAGGCUUCCCUCCCGAGUGCUCUGUCAACGCCGGAUCCUAAAUUUGCCCCACGUCGCGUUCCCUAAUUUGCUUCCGCCCAAAGUACAAAUUAUACAAUAUAAAGUAUAUUGUAUGUAUAGAAGAAGAUCAGAUCAUACAUGCGUAAUCUUGCUUUUCAUGCCUCAUGUACUCUGUUUUUCUGUUGCUCCUUCAUCUUCCAAAUCUAUUUGGAAAAAUCAUUAAUAAUAAUUGUUAGUUUUUUUUUUUCUUUUA